AUGUCUUCUAUAUUAUCUCAAAAGUUAAAAGUUGCUCUUAUUCAAUUAGCAGGUUCAAAACCAGAUAAAUCUGCCAAUUUGCAAAGAGCUGCAAAAUUUAUUGAAAAGGCUUUAAUCGAUCAACCUGAUACCAAAAUUGUAGUUUUGCCAGAAUGUUUUAAUUCUCCUUAUGCUGUUGAUAAAUUUAGAGAAUAUUCAGAAAUCAUUACACCAGAUUCUAUGUCCAUUAAAUUUUUAUCAAAUUUGGCUUCAAAAUUUAAUAUUUAUUUAAUUGGUGGUUCUAUACCUGAAUUAGAUCCAAGCACUGAUAAAAUUUAUAACACUUCAAUCGUUUUUGAUAACCGUGGUAAACUAAUAGGAACUCAUAGAAAGGCACAUUUAUUUGAUGUCGAUAUACCAAAUGGUAUUACGUUUAAAGAAAGCGAAACUUUAAGUAGUGGUGAUAAUGCUACUACUCUAGACACCAAAUUUGGUAAAAUUGGUCUUGGAAUCUGUUAUGACAUGAGGUUCCCUGAACUUGCAAUGUUGAGUGCUCGUAAAGGCGCUUUCGCAAUGAUAUACCCAAGUGCAUUUAAUACAGUCACCGGCCCUAUGCAUUGGCAUUUAUUGGCUAGAUCUCGUGCUGUUGAUAAUCAAAUAUAUACAAUGCUAUGUUCUCCAGCAAGAGAUAACAAUAGUUCAUACAAAGCUUAUGGUCAUUCACUUGUAGUUAAUCCAAGAGGUGAUAUAAUAGCUGAAGCUGGAGAAGGAGAAGAGAUCAUUUAUGCAGAACUAGACCCGAAUGAAAUUGAUACGUUCAGACAAGGUGUUCCUGUCACUAAGCAAAGGAGGUUCGAUAUCUAUCCUGAUGUUAACAAAUGA